AUGGCCUCCGCCCAAGUCAACGGCUUCAUUGGGAUGCAAUACUCCCGUGAAGGUAGCGACUACGAAAAAGGCGACUACAAGUUCUUCAAUGAGCAGUAUGCGACUUCAUCGUACGUCGAUGUACUUGAUCCAAACGGGAAACCACUUCACGACCUGAAUCCGGCCCACAUCUUCAGACCAAAGGAUGAUAACGACGUCAAGGCUGUUAUCAAAUAUGCCGUUGAAAACAAAGUCGGCAUCGCCAUCAAGAGCGGCGGCCACCAGUACAGUGGCGCGUCUUCUUGUGGAGACAAGAACGUGCAGCUUGAUCUGAGCAACACGUACAAAGACUUGAAAAUCAUCGACGUGAACGUCUUGGAUAAGCCCAAGAUUACUGUCGCUGAUGACAGAGUCCUCGUCUUCGCCGGUGUCAGCAAUCAGCUACAGGACUUCCUGGCCUACCUGACCAGCCACAAGCUAUUUGCUCCCACGGGACAAUGCGCUUAUGUAUGCCUCGGUGGUCAUGGCCAGACCGGCGGGUAUGGCCAGCUUGGUCGAAGCUUCGGGCUCCUUGGUGAUUACAUCGUCGAUAUUCGAUUGAUUGACCACAAAGGCGAGGUCCUACACGUCAACCAGGAUCACAAUGCUGAGCUUUUCAAUGCUAUUCGCGGUGGCAGCCCAGGAAACUUUGGCGUCGUUACCCACUACACUAUCUCAGCGUUGAAGGCCAAGAGCUACAUGGGAAUCGAAAAUACAAUCAAGACUCCCAACAGCGCAAAGCCCAAGACGUUCCAUGGACCACAUGGAAUCAAAGGUGCUUGGAUCUUCAAUGAAGAUAGGCUUAAGACUCUCUUGAACGUCGUUGCUGAGAUGUCUGAUAAGGGAACAGCAUCCCGUGGAUUCGACCUUUGUGUCAAUGUUCUAAGCACCGAGUUCGACAUUGUCAAGUUGUUUCCUGCUCUCAAAGAUGAUAAAAACUGGAAGACCCUUCAAAAAGCAGUCGAUGUGUUUUUAGACGGUCCUGUUAAAGCUUUGUUAAAGGGUAGACUGCCCCCUCUGAUCGUCCUUUACGCACAAUGGUGCCCCGUUGGCGAUCAGCAGAAAUAUGACGCAAGUGUCGAUGCGUGGUUCCAGCAAUUCCGAGAGUUGGACGAUUUGCUUCUUGGUUGCAUUCAAUUCGAUGAAAUUUCCGCAGACAUGUCUGAUAUGGUGGGACACUGGUUGUUCCCCAAGCGAAGAGAGUUCCCGCUUCCGUACGUCAAACGAACCUACGCUACCAACUCAAAGACUCUCGGUAAAGAUGGUUGGGUUGACAAACUUGUCGGAAGACUCAAAAAGAUCUGCGAUCCUACGGAGAAGUUGGAUGAUGCGAACGAGAAGCCGGUGGACAAUCCACUCUACGAUAACUGUAAGCUCUCAGCCCAGAUCCAGUGCUUUGGAGGACAGAAUUCAAUGUUCUACAACAACCGCAACAAUGGAGCCGCCUACAGUUGGAGGGAUUCGACCGUUCUCCAGACCGUGGACUGUUGGUACCUGAACAGCGAUCAGCCAAACUAUGAACUGUCGCGAAAGCUUGCAAAUGACUGGCAAACAAAGAACGACAGCGUCAUGAUUGGUGCCAGCAGCUGCUUCAGCAAGACCGACAGACGUGUUCUUUGGGGCUCCUGGGGUGACUGGGAUAUGGCCAAGCCUGAGGUUUGGAAGACUUAUUAUGAAGAUGAGGCCAAGUAUCAGAGUAUCGGCAAGGUCAGGGCGGCAGCGGAUCCAAAUGGUACUUUUACCGCCAAUCCAUUUGCUGUUGCUCGACAAAAUUAG